GGCGCUGCCCGGAGGCUCUCAGCUGGUUGCUCUCUAUUCUAUUGCAUUCUCCACUGAAGGUGAUGCUUGGAGCUGCAGAAGCUUGAGCCACAAGAAAUUUUAGAACUUGCUAAAAAUUGUUGAAGAAGAUGGGAGGUGCAGUGAGUGCAGGAGAAGAUAAUGAUGAGUUAAUCGACAAUCUGAAAGAAGCGCAGUAUAUCCGAACAGAGCUGGUGGAGCAGGCAUUCCGGGCCAUUGAUCGAGCAGACUACUAUCUUGAUGAUUUUAAGGACAAUGCUUACAAAGACUUGGCGUGGAAACAUGGAAAUUUUCAUCUCUCUGCACCGUGCAUUUACUCUGAGGUGAUGGAAGCUUUGGAUCUGCAGCCGGGACUGUCGUUCUUGAAUCUGGGCAGUGGCACCGGUUACCUGAGUUCUAUGAUCGGACUCAUCUUGGGUCCUUUUGGUGUUAACCAUGGUGUGGAGCUUCACUCUGAUGUUAUAGAGUAUGCAAAGCAGAAAUUGGACGUCUUCAUCAGAACAAGUGACAGCUUUGACAAAUUUGAAUUCUGUGAGCCCUCCUUUGUUACUGGCAAUUGUUUAGAGAUCUCUCCAGAUUCUACUCAGUAUGACCGUGUUUACUGUGGUGCUGGGGUACAGAAAGAACAUGAGGACUACAUGAAGAGUCUGCUGAAAGUUGGGGGAAUUCUCGUCAUGCCACUCGAGGAAAAGCUGACGAAGAUCACGCGCACUGGUCCUGCUGCCUGGGAAACCAAGAAGAUCCUUGCUGUUUCUUUUGCUCCUCUGAUUCAACCCAUACAUGCAGAUUCAGGGAAAUCGAGACUUGUUCACUUGCCACCAAUAACUGUCCGCAGCCUACAGGAUCUGGCUCGCAUUGCCAUCCGAGGAACUAUUAAGAGGAUAAUACAUCAAGAAACAAUGAGCAAAAAUGGAAAUGGUCUGAAAAACCCUCCAAGGUUUAAACGAAGACGUGUUCGCCGCCGUCGCAUGGAAACCAUUGUCUUCUUAGAUAAAGAAGUCUUUGCCAGUCGUAUCUCAAACCCUUCAGAUGAUAACAACAACUGUGAGGAGAUUGAGGAGGAGAGGCGAGAAGAGGAGGAAAAGGGUAUCUCUGAACUGAAGCCAGACCCCCCUGUAAACUUUCUGAGAGAGAAGGUCUUGAGUCUGCCUUUGCCUGAUCCCUUGAAAUAUUACCUGCUUUAUUACAGAGAAAAAUAAGUUUCUUUAUCAUAGAAAGCAGAAAGCUAGACAUAAAAAUAAAAUACUUCUUAGGGCUUGACAAAUGUGUACCACUUGCUUGCCUGUUAACAUGACCACACAUGGCAGUAGGCUGGCUAGCUGGGGAAUGUGGCUGCUGUAUUCUUAAACAUCAUAGCUUUUUUUAAGUUUCCUCUCCUUCUUGGUUGUAUGCUAUAGUUUUAUCCUGCAGCAGUGUUCCCUUUUAAAAAGCAAGCUGAUGAAGUGCUCAGUUGCUUAGAGAGAGAAGGAUAUCAUUCCCUAAAAACUAACCACACAGAGAUGUCUAUUGAAAUCUCUUGGCUGCACUUUCACCAAAUUGCAGUUUUAAAUAUUCUUAGGCAGUGCUCUAAAGACUUCAUUGUCCAUGCUCUCCUACUAACUUUGACACAAAUGGAGUACACAUUUGGUUUCAUUUUUAAACGGAGAUAUUGAUAAAAUCUGACCUGGUAAACCUUAUUUGUUCCAGUAAUCUGCAAAAAACACAAACGUACAAAAUCAGACUUUGGUAGUACUUUGAGGUAUCCAGGUUUUGAACACUGAAGCAAAGCACUGGCCACCUUUCGAUUGGUGGGUCUCAGGUUAGCUAUAAACCUUACAUUUUUUUAGAUUUGAGGGGAAGAGGAAUGUUUGGCAGGGAGUUGGUGUUUCCUUCACAGAAAACAGCUUGUUUUGUAAAAUCCAGUCUGAGGUGAGAUGCAAGCUAUGUAAGGUUUAAAAAGAAAUAAGGAGAGCGAAUUUAAUUUAGAGUUGCUAAACUGAUCAGCUGACUUUCAAAGAUUGCUAGAGUGAUCAGGUUUGUGGCUGUUUCCUCUGGCACCACUUAUAAAGUAAUUCAGAAAAAAUGGGUGAGAAAAGGACAAACCUAGCAAGGAGCUAAACUAAGACUGGUUCUGAUAGCGCAAUCAACAGACCUUAUAUGAGUUAAUGUGUGACUGCUGUGCUGAACAUAGUGUAAGGCAGGUAGUCUCAGGCAUUCCUAGCCUGAACUAAAGGAAGUAGCCAGUGUCCUGGGAAAUGAACCAAACUUUGUUUCUCAGAGGUUGCACAGAAAGUGGAAACAGUCUAGGAAGCCAAAGUGAGUGGUUAUGCUACUGACACAUAAUGCUUAAGUGCCCUGUUUGGGGCUCUGCUGUAGCAAGGAGACUGCAAUGCUGUUCACAUAUACCUUGUCCUUGUAGAUUAGCAGGAACUAGAUUUACAGCCUUACUAGUUCAUUUAAUUUUUUGUUUGUUUCUUUAAGUAGCUUGUGUAGAAAGACUUUAUAAUCUGCAGUUUCAUGGAGUAUAAAUUCUAAUCUUUAUUCUCAAGUCUUCCUGUAAUGAUGGUAGGAGGAGAUUUAUAUUCAUGUGUUGGGGGGAAGAUUGCUUGAUUAUUUUGGCCUGUUUGAAAAAAAAUCUGUGUACAGUAUUGGGGGCCCGAAGGAAACAAUUGAGGCUGCAUUGAUUUGGAUCACUCAAAGGCUAACUACAUAAUAAUCCUAUCAGUAGAUAAUCCAGCUAUGUUAGAAGGAUAUUUCCUCAUCAGUUGCAGUUGGCGGGCUUGAUCUUGAUCUCAUUUGUAUGGUCUCCUCAACUUGCUAAGAGGAGUGAAUGAAGAUUGUUUUGCCAAAACACGUUAACCUGGACUUUGUUACAUGGUACUGAAUCACACAAUUUGCAUUGACUGAGUUGUGUGUUUUAAAUCUUGUGCCGCACUUUGAAAAUGUAGGAAUUAGUCUGUGUCUAAACAAUGCUUUUAUGCUCGCUCCCUUUUUAAAAGUCUCCAAAUACCCACUCUGUACUUGUGACAAUUAACAUGUCUUUUUUUAUAAAAUACAAUGUAUGGAUGUCCAAUAAAAUCCCUAUGAACUG